AUGCUGGCUGAGACCAUCACCGUAUCUGAGCCCACCAUGGUCCCCACCACAACCCCCGAAACAACCACCGGCCCUAGGACUACUACAUCAUCCAACACAGCCCCUGAGACCACAGCAGGGUCUGCAUCCACGAGGAACUCUGACAAGACAACACCCUCUGGUACCACCACAGCCUCCGCCGUGGGCUCUACCGUAAGUCCUGAUACAACAAUGUCCACCACAGCCGCUGGCACCACCACGGCCUCUACAAUAAUCCCGGACAGCACCACCGUCUCCCCCACAGCCACAGGCACCAACACUGUCUCCACGACAGUACUUGACAACACCAUCGUCUCCACUACACCUGCUGACCAUACCACAGCCUCUGACACAACCACAGUCUUGAACACAGACUCUGACAGCACAGAAGUCUACACCACGGUACCUAAUCCCAUCACGGUCUCCACUGCAACUGCCGACAACACCACCACGGUCACCACCGUUGCCACCACAGUCUCAGUGGAAGCCUCUGACAUCAACACUGCCUCUACCACAGGCUCUGAUACAACCACUGUCUCCACUACUGCUGACACCCCACUGGUCUCAACUGAAGUCUCUCUCACCACCGUGGGCUCUGCCACAGGAGCUGACACGACAGUGGUCUCCACAGUCACCUCAUCCACUGCUUCCGAUACCACCAUGGUCUCCACCACAGACCCUGAUACCACUAUGAUCUCUUCCACGGCCUCUGAUCUCACGACAGUAUUAACAACAGUCCUGGAUGCCACCAGUGUCUCCACCAGAGCUGGUGGCACCACUGUGAUCUCCAGCACAGUUCCUGACACCACUAUGGUCUCCACUACCACCUCUGACACCACCACCAUCUCCAACACCGCUGCCAGCACCACUGUGGUCUCCACAGCAGUCCCAGACACCACCACCAUUUCCACCUCAGCCACUGGCACCAACACAGUCAUCACAACAGUGCCAGACACCACCAUGGUGACCACCACAACCAGCGACACCACCAUGGUCUCUACCUCUGACACCAACACAGUCUUGACAACACGCCUGGACACCACCACUGUCGCUGACACAGCUGCUGCUGUCCCAGAUACCACCACGGUCUCCACCACAGCCCUAGAUACCAACACGGUCUCCACCACAGCCCCAGAUACCACCAUGGUCUCCACCACAGCCCCAGAUACCACCACGGUCUCCACCACAGCAGUCCCAGAUACCACCACGGUCUCCACCACAGCCCCAGAUACCACCACAGUCUUCACAGCAGUCCCAGAUACCACCACGGUCUCCACCACAGCAGUCCCAGAUACCACCACGGUCUCCACCACAGCAGCCCCAGAUACAACCACGGUCUCCACAGCUGUCCCAGAUACCACCACCGUCUCCACCACAGCAGUCCCAGAUACCACCACGGUCUCCACCACAGAAGUCCCAGAUACCACCACGGUCUCCACCACAGCAGUCCCAGAUAUCACCACGGUAUCCACCACAGCAGUCCCAGAUACCACCACGGUAUCCACCACAGCAGUCCCAGAUACCACCACGGUCUCCACCACAGCAGUCCCAGAUACCACCACGGUCUCCACCACAGCAGUCCCAGAUACCACCACGGUCACCACAGCAGCCCCAGAUACAACCACGGUCUCCACAGCUGUCCCAGAUACCACCACGGUCUCCACCACAGCAGUCCCAGAUACCACCACGGUCUCCACCACAGCCCUAGAUACCACCACGGUCUCCACCACAGCAGUCCCAGAUACCACCACGGUCUCCACCACAGCCCCAGAUACCACCACGGUCUCCACCAGAGAAGUCCCAGAUACCACCACGGUCUCCACCACAGCAGUCCCAGAUACAACCACGGUCUCCACCACAGCCCCAGAUACCACCACAGUCUUCACAGCAGUCCCAGAUACUACCACGGUCUCCACCACAGCCCCAGAUACCACCACAGUCUUCACAGCAGUCCCAGAUACCACCACGGUCUCCACCACAGCCCCAGAUACCACCACGACCACGGUAUCCACCACAGCAGUCCCAGAUACCACCACGGUCUCCACCACAGCAGUCCCAGAUACCACCACGGUCUCCACCACAGCAGUCCCAGAUACCACCACGGUAUCCACCACAGCAGUCCCAGAUACCACCACGGUAUCCACCACAGCAGUCCCAGAUACCACCACGGUCUCCACCACAGCAGUCCCAGAUACCACCACGGUCUCCACCACAGCAGUCCCAGAUACCACCACGGUCACCACAGCAGCCCCAGAUACAACCACGGUCUCCACAGCUGUCCCAGAUACCACCACGGUCUCCACCACAGCAGUCCCAGAUACCACCACGGUCUCCACCACAGCCCCAGAUACCACCAUGGUCUCCACCACAGACCCAGAUGCCACCACAGUCUCCACAGCAGUCCCAGAUACCACCAUGCCAGAUACCACCACGGUCUCCACCACAGCCCCAGAUACCACCACGGUCACCACAGCAGCCCCAGAUACAACCACGGUCUCCACAGCUGUCCCAGAUACCACCACGGUCUCCACCACAGCAGUCCCAGAUACCACCACGGUCUCCACCACAGCAGUCCCAGAUACCACCACGGUCUCCACCACAGCCCUAGAUACCACCACGGUCUCCACCACAGCACUCCCAGAUACCACCACGGUCUCCACCACAGCAGUCCCAGAUACCACCACGGUCUCCACCACAGCCCCAGAUACCACCACAGUCUACACAGCAGUCCCAGAUACUACCAUGGUCUCCACCACAGCAGUCCCAGAUACCACCACGGUCUCCACCACAGCCCCAGAUACCACCACAGUCUCCACAGCAGUCCCAGAUACUACCAUGGUCUCCACCACAGCAGUCCCAGAUACUACCACGGUCUCCACAGCAGUCCCAGAUACCACCAUGGUCUCCACCACAGCCCCAGAUACCAACACAGUCUCUACAACAGUCCCAGAUACCACCAUGGUCUCCACCACAGCCCCAGAUACCUCCACGGUCUCCACCACAGCAGUCCCAGAUACCACCACGUUCUCCACCACAGCAGUCCCAGAUACCACCACGGUC